CUGACGAGCAGAGCAGGAGUUUAAAUUAGCUAAUCAACCACCGCUGUGUUCACGAGAGGCUGAUUAAUAAUGGGGAAAUAAAUAUCAAGCCUGGAAACCGGAUGUCGUAACGGACUGAAUGUUAUGUUUUUAACGUAAUCUCUGCUCGUCUUGCGGGGCGCAGGCGGUUGCCACGGCAACCGGUGUGCUUAAACGCCGAAGAGACCGAGAGUAAAAAGAAUAUCCCUCUCUGCGGAGAAAAGAGGGGCUGUGGAUUGAUUUGUCCGACUGAGAAGUGAUGUGGAGCGGUGGGCUGCUGCGAGGUGUCAGACCUGAGCUUCACAGUUUUCAUUCAAGCUCAACGGGAGACCGAAGAGGAGCAAAGAGCCUACUGGGAGCCAGCUGAUUGGACGGUACAUGGAAAAUAGAUGCAUCACUGAACAAGUCUGUCAUGUUGACGGUCAUGUCCCAAUAGGAGCAUGUCAAGAAGAAGCAGGUGUUUAUAUUUAACAAUCACCUUCUCCUCUAAAAACUGCCUGGUAUUAUCAGCCGUUUUAUGACUGGUUGAGUGAAAUGACCGAACAAGCUGUUGGGGAGAAUUGAGAGCGUCAGAAUCACCUGGACCGAGCACAGGAUGUGUAACUCUUCUGGCAGCAGCGUGGAGCAGAUGUGUAACUCUUCUGGCAGCGUGGAGCAGAUCUUCGUCCCCAUAAUGGAUUCACUCAUUUUGAUCCUGGGAGUUACCGGACAGAGCUUAGUGAUGGUGAUCUUGUGCAGACGACAGCGGAGGCGUAUGAAACGCGGUGGACAAGCUUCCCAUGCGUCCACGAUCGGCACGGGAACGGACAUCCUGCUGCUGGCUCUGAGCGCUGCAGAUCUGCUUCUGCUCUCCAUGAUUCCCUUCUACUCCGCCGCCAUAGCCAUGAGGAGGUGGCCAUUUGGGGACGUCAUGUGCCGCCUGGUGGGCUUCCUGGGGUCUGCCUGCUCGUCCGCCAGCAUCUUCACCCUGGCGGCGCUGGCCGUCUCUCGUUAUCUGAUUGUGGUGAAACCCACCAGAGCGUACGGCCUGCUCACCCCGCGCAGGGUCUCCAUGGUUGCCGUCCUCCUAUGGGUCCCGGCCUGCUGCCUCGGAGCCCCUCAGUUGGCUUUCCGCUUCGUGAAAACCUCUCAAGGAAGCCCUGACCGCUUCAUUUGCUUUUCCUUCCUGUCUCACGAGCAGCGGAUGAUUUACGGACUGUUUCACUUCCUCGCAGCCUUCAUGGUUCCACUGGUCACCAUCGCGGUGGCAUACGGCAGCAUCUACAUGUUCCUGUGGCGGGGCCAGCAAGCCAGCACGACCCCCCAAGUCGAACGCUAUCAAAGCAAAGUGACUCAGACGACGGCCAUGCUGGUGCUGGCCUUUACUGUGUGCUGGUUGCCCUCGUACGGACUGGCGCUGGCCUUACUGGUCAAUCCACACUGGGCGACCACAGGGGCCACAGGGGCCACGCCGCGUUAUGGCGCCAUUAGUGUGUUUGCUCGCCUAAUGGCAACGUCUUCCACAGUGAUGAACCCUAUCCUCUACGUCCUGAUGUCCCAAAAGUUCAGACAGGAUCUGCUGAAGAUUUUCAAACGGGAACGGCAAAUCGAAAAGAACAAUGUGGUGCUGUCUACUAUCUGACAAUAUCGGUGUAAUCAAAUCAAACAAACUUUAUGCUGUAAGACCUGUGAAUAAAAUGGUUGCCACUUGGCAUCAGUGACAGACUGAAACUGAAAAGCCAUGUCACUCGUUGUGAACCGAUAUUCACCCUUGAGCCGCGUUAGGAGAUUAUUGUGCAAAACGGUCUUAAAAUCUGCUCGGUGUCCAGAUGGUUUACAAGAACAGUAGGAAUUAUCCAUUCUUGGGAAGAGUGGCAAGAAAUAAAGACAAAAAAGGCUCGAUUGUUUACAAGCCAUGUAGCGGAUACAGUAAAACCCACUAAAGAAAACCCACUGCAUGUUUAGGGUCGUCUGUGCAGCAAGGCAUUGCAGCUAGAACUAAAAGGCCUUUAUGGUCUGCAUUCAGUGGUACUUAGAUGAAAUUUUAGCAUUAAUAAUUAGCAAGAAAAACAUGAAUGUAGUAAUCGUGUAGCAUCUGAUGAGAGUGGCCCAGGAACAAAUGCUGGGGUCGACUUACGCUGUGAUUUAUUCCUUUGUAAAGUUCAACCUCAGAUCAGCAAACGGCAUCAAAUCUAAAUUCAUUUCUGUUUCAAGUUAGAAACUCAAUUAAAUUUGUUAAUUAAUGCAUGUUAUUUGUUGAUCAGGAUACCUGCUAGUAGGAAUACAAUGUAAUAAUUUUUCUGCGAUUUGUACUGUCAAACAGCGGAGCAACUAGUUUAAUAAAGGAUGUUUUAUAGCACAGCAUGUGAUUUGUAUAAAAAGUACAAAUAAAAAGUUAUUCCUGUUCAUAUUCAGCCACAUCUAAAGUGCAAAGUAGCCAUUUUGGAUUUUGACGCCGGGGUCGGUAAGAAUCCUCCGACUUGAACUCAGAAUCUAUUAACUUCUCCAACUUUAAAUCUUGUAAAUGUACAUUUCAGAAUAACAACAGAACAUUAAACUAAACUCCUCCUUCUG